ACUACUAGCAUACAAACCCCAUCCCCAUUUCUUCUAAAUCCCAGUUUCUUCCUCAUCUUUAACACUUGCUUCAAUGAGUUCCAACAAAAAAAGAGUGCUGGCCGACCUUGAAAUGAUACCCUUAUUUCCAUGUCUUCCAGCUACUUUAUCACCUACUUUUAUUUCACGUUUCUGUAAAAUAUAUACACGAAUACUUUCUGUUUUCUCUGUCUCAUCUGUCUUAGAACUCUGGACCCAUCUCACAUCAAUAACCCAACCCCUACCGCCUAUAGGUAUUUAUUUUUGAUUUUUAAUUGAUUAUUUACCGUAGACCUUCUCGGUAAAACAGAUCAAACUUAUUAUUAUCAAAAUGAUCUGAACUGUUUCAAAGACCCAACAUGCAUUUUUUGUGCAUUGGGCUCUUUCAUAUAGAAAUAUCAGCUAGUCCGCCAUUUUUAUUUUUGACAGAAAAAUAAGAAGAUGGCUCCAUGUGCUCUGAGUCAUUCUUUCAUAUCUUUCGAGAUCCACCCUACAAUAUGGGGUAAAAAAGCCAAAAUAAGUGAUUUUAGCCCUUAUAAAAAGAAAACUGAUUCUUGAACCUCUUUCACGCUCAUGUCACGUCGAGGUACUGCAGAAGAAAAAACUGCAAAAUCCGAUCCAAUUUUUCGUAAUCGAUUAGUUCACUCUACUUGAUGAGUUUUAUGACUACUCUGUUCAAAUCCAAGGGAACCCAAUGGUGAGUUUGGAUGCUAUGGAGGCGUUCCUUGGUAGAGAUCGACUGAAGGACGCUGGUAUGGCCAAUAAGAGUGUGCAUGACCUUUACCAUCGUUUGAAAAUUUUAAGGAAAACAUAUUUCGAGAAUCAUCGCAGCGAUUUAGAUAUUGAUGACAUGGAAUGGCUUGACCAAGAGACGUAUCGACUUUCACACUUGCUUUGGAGAAACGAUGACAGUUCUGAUAAAGAUGAAUAUAACGAUGAUGAUGCCGCUGAGGAACCAGAAGAUGAACAACAAGAGAAUCAAGAAGAAGAAGAAGAAGAAGAAGAAGAAGACGACGACGACGACGACGAUGAUGAUGAUGAUGAUGAACCUGAACACGAUGAUGAACCUGAAGACGGUGGUGAUGAUUAAAAGAGAGAUGAAUAACCUACCAUCUGAGUGAUGACGUGGAUAUUUUGGAUCUUGUUGAAUGUUAUGUCGUGACUUUUUUUUAAAAAAAAAAAAACUUGUUUGAAGUUGGUUCUUUUGUUUCAGACUUUGUUUGAAGUUUGUAUUUUGGAUCUUGUUUGAAUUUAGAAGUUAUGUUAUAUUUCUUUUGUUGUGUCA